AUGCUCCCACAGUACGAAUCUGUACGAGGCUCCGCCCCCCAGGCUCCCACAGUACGAGUCUGUCUGGACCAUGUUUCUGCAGAACUGCACAAGUCUGAGCCUCCUGCACCCAGACCCCCCCCAGACCCGGUGGUGAUGCAGUCCUGGUCCUGGUCCUGGUCCAACGAGUCCCGGUCCGGUUCAGACGGGCUCAGACCUGGUCUAGACUCGGGACCGGAUUCGGAUCCGGACCAGACUCGGUCCAGAUGUGUCCUCGGGGCAGUGCCUGUGGUUUACUACACCGUCCUGCUGUGUGUGGGGCUGCCAGUGAACGUGGUGACGUUGGCGUCUCUCGUUCGUCUUUCGUCUCGUUCCAAGUCUCCGCUUUACUCCUUCCUCAUCUCCAUCACCGCGGCAGACAUCCUCGCUCAGGUGUGCAUCGUGCUGGUGGACUUCCUGUUGGAGACGGCGGUUUUCCAUCGUGCGGUUCCUGUUCUGGUUCUUCGUGCGGUGAGCGCGGCGGAGUUCGCCGCCAACCACGCGUCCAUCUGGGCGGCGGUCCCUCUGACGAUCGACCGGUACGUGGCGCUGUGUCACCCGCUGCUGCACCGGAGGCUGCGCUCUCCGUCCCGGACGCGCCGCACCAUCGGCGCCGUGAUGACGUUGGCGUUGGCCUCGGGGAUCCCCUUCUUCUAUUGGCCGGAUCUGUGGAGGACGCGGGCACUGCCCUCUCGCCGAGACGCCGCCCUCAUCUGGAGUCACGUGACCAUCAUCUACUUCCUGCCCUGUUCCAUCUUCCUCACGCUGAACGCGCGCAUCAUCUGGACGCUGCGCCGCAGGGGUCGGCAGGACCUGCUCCUCCCCUCCCCCUCCCCUCGCCCCUCCCCCCCUCGCUCCGUGGCCCUCCCCCUGUCGCUCUCGGGGCUCUUCUCGCUGCUGUGGGGCCCUCGGGUGCUGGCGCUGCUCCUGCACCUCCAUGUUGAGACUGUGAACCGCUCGUGGAGGGUGCACCUCCUGUACGACCUCUCCAACAUGGCCGCCAUGCUCAACACCGCCCUCAACCUGCUGCUCUACAGCGCCACCAGCCGGCCAAUCAGACGCACCGCCCACGCCAUCCUCUGUGAGGUCAUCAGGGGGCGGGGCCAACGCAGCCGAGAGGGCAGCAAGAGCCAAGAUCCGGACUGAACCCGGACUAAACCCGGACUGAACCCAGACUGAACCUGGACUGAACCUGAACCUGGACUGAACCUGGACUAAACCAGGACUGUGGCGCUGUUCUGUUGAAAUGCUCCUGCAGCCUGAAGGUCGGUGGUUCUGGGUCGAGUGUCAGAGCGUCUGCACUUCUGAUCUUCUGUAACGACGCAUCAAAGCGACGCAGACAGCGACGGCUGUGAUUGGUCGUCUCCACUUCUGCUCUACGUGUGCGUGGGUCAUUAGUGUGAGUGUGCGUGGGUCAUUAGUGUGAGUGUGCGUGGGUCAUUAGUGUGAGUGUGCGUGGGUCCUUAGUGUGAGUGUGCGUGGGUCAUUAGUGUGAGAAGAAGGAACAUUGAGCCUCAGGACUCAAACCGGACUGGACCCGGACUGGACCCGGACUGGACCCGGACUGGACCCGGACUGGACCCGGACUGGACCCGGACUGGACUCGGACUGGACUCGUCUGUAAGUGAAUGUAUUAUGUAUUUGCUGAUUUGCUGAAGCUGCUGUUUCAUGUUUUUGUCGUUUACACUUGAGUCAGAUUCAGAUUCGUCU